AUGCCUUUUUUCUUCUGGUUGAUGAUAUGCGCCAACUUGUUCUAUCUGAUUUAUGCUAGUUUGAAUGCUGGUAGCCUCCUUAAUAGAACCCAAGAAUUCUUAUCGACGGCAUCGAGCUUGAGCUUCGAUGACAGCGGUCACCGGCACGGGUCAAAGCGACCCAUCCUGCGACGCCGACAGCUUCCGGGAACUGUUCAGACAGUCACCGCCACCGUUACGCUGACGGUGACCAACAACGUCGUCCCAUCAACCUCGCCGGCCGGUUUGCCCGCAACAUCCACUGUGGCUUUACCGCUGGCGACGAAUUCCCUGUCCGAAACACUCAGCCCUCAGGCUCCAAUAUUCGUCACUGCCACCAGCGAAGGCCUUUCUCCUUCGACCCUUCCUCCUAACAGUCUCGCCUCCUCCGUCAUCUCCUCAAGCGCCGCCCUCCCAACAGCAUUCGAUCCUUCGUCCUCCACCUCAUCCAUCAUAGACCUAGUUCCUACAAGCACUCUCUUUCCCCCGGAUAACCCUUCAUCAACAUCAGACUCGAGUAGUCAAAGUAACCCAUUGGCUUCGACAAAUCCAAGCUCUAGAUCGAAUAGCUCUGGACAAGCUAACAGCAGCGAUUCCGCGAGAGAGGAAAGCGAGGAUACGAGAGGCCUCAAUCGGCUGUUGGUUCCGUUCAUCAUCAUAUCGGUAGUCUGUACCCUGGGACUAGUCGCUGGCUUCCUCUUCUACCUCUCGCCAUACAUGAAAGAAGCGCGCCUUCGUCAACACGCCAGGAGCGGCUCGAUCUUUGAGGAUUAUUCGGCUAGCGCUCGCACCUUCGAGCCCAAUCCAACCGGCGCCUUGAAUUACCAACGUAGCUUGUCUCGCAAACGUAACAGACGCGCUCACCUCGUCGAGGCCUCCGGCUUGCCUACUAAGAUUCCUAGGCCCAAGACAAAGAGUUUAGAUGGCGGUCUCUGGCUUCCUCAGACGUCUGCUGGACCAGGUUUAACCCGACCAGCUUGA